CUUGCAGUGCAAAGACCACAAGCAAGAAGACUCCGAAGCCGAGAGUAGAAGUACCAACAUUUUUUAUUCUGGAGCUUAGAGAGAAACAAAGACGAACGAGAACGGACUUUCUGCUGGAGCUCCGACAACAACCAAUUUGUCCCUUCGCUAUACGCCGCUUCCUUCCUUGGAUAGGCUGUAGCAGCUAAACGAAGUUGGUAGUAAACUCUUUGGAGUUUGGUUAGAGUCGCAUUCAAUUUUUCUUUGCUUGUGAGAGUGGACUGCACUGAAACUUGGGAUCGAUCCCCGCUCCGGGGUUCGAGUGUUUUGGACCUGGCGCAUCCUUUCGGCGGUCUCUACAGAGCUGCGAAAGUUUUUGGCCAGGAGCGCAGAUCUCAAGACUUUGAGGUCUAGUCAGACUUUUUCGAGAGACGAACUCAGCAGCUGCUGCCAGAUCCGAACCGAGACGACUGGACCGGACCGGUUAGAGAGCCGCUGAUAAAGACUUCAAAGAAGAAUUUUCGAGAUCCCUCUCUGAGAUACCAAAUAGUCUGAUGCAUUUAAGCAAAGCUAAUCUUCAGAAGGGUUUGCGAAGAUAAUCAAGAGAUCUGAAUCAAGUGCAGCAACUUGCAACAAAGAAAUCGAAGAAAAAACAAAGUUAAACCCAGAUUUCACCAAAACCAAACCUAAGCCGACCCAAUGGCGUGGUCAGCUCUCACCGGCCCCUGCGUGGCCCUAAUCCUGCUCUUCUUUGGUUUGACCUCCUGCACUCCCUCUGGACCGGCCUCUGCAACCUGUGCCACCUUGGAGCAGAGUCGCUUCUUUGGCGUGUUCUCCUCUACGACUACCCUGCCUUCCGCUCCUUGCUCCUGGACCCUGCAGAACCCUGAUCCACGCCGCUACAAUGUCUACAUGAAAAUCACCAAGCCCACCGACUCCUGCGUGCCCCGCCAGAUCAAGACCUUCCAGUUUGACUCCUUCAUCGAGACUUCUCGCACCUACCUGGGUAUGGAGAGCUUCGACGAGGUUGUCAGGCUUUGCGACGCUUCCACUGCUGUCACCUACCUGGAGUCAAGCAAGCAAUUCCUGCAGAUCCGCAAGGUGGCCCCAAGGAACGCGCUGGAGGUUGUUGGGCAAGAGCACGGUGUCAGCGAGUUCAAGGCCGAGUUUCUGGUUGUGGGAAAGAGGAACCCAAGCAUGCCCGCCUGCCAGAUGUUGUGCCAGUGGUUGGAGAAGUGCCUGAACAGCAGCACCCAUGAUUAUCCCUGCGGCAUCAUGAACACCCCCUGCCAGUGCUGGGAGGCCCCAAAGAGGAAGCCAGGAAGCUGCUACCGGGGCGGAGUCUACGUGGAAAAAUGCACUCCUGUUCCCAAAGACAACGGACGUGAUGCUGAGAUUAUCAUCAAGAGCUGGGCAGGCUGGGGCCGCUGGUCCGUAUGCAGCCAGGAGUGUGGCGGCGGAGUCCAGGUGCGCAGCCGAACCUGCCAGCCCGAGGAUGGAGUGUGUGAGGGAACAGUGGAGGAAGGCCGCGCCUGCAACCCUCAGCCCUGCAUUGGCAAAGAGAGGAACAGAAGCCAAGGUUUGCGUGCCAUUAUUGGUCUGAAAAGAGACAACACCGAUGAGUCCAAUCCAGGAGCUGUAGCAACUCAAACAGAUACAAAGACAGAUGAGUGGGCCACUUGGAGCCCAUGUUCAGUCACCUGUGGGGAGGGCUGGCAGAGCCGUUCCCGCCUCUGUGCCACUUCUUCCUUCACCACCCAGUGCACCGGACCCCUGCGUGAGAACCGACCAUGCAACAACUCAGUUGUCUGCCCUGUGGAUGGUGCUUGGGACGAGUGGACCCCCUGGAGCCUGUGCUCCUCCACAUGUGGCCGCGGUUACCGUGACCGAACCCGCACCUGCAAGCAGCCCCAGAAUGGAGGACAGCCUUGCCGCGGCCCCGCAAGACAAACCAAGUUCUGCAACAUCGCUGUCUGCCCAGUGGACGGAUCCUGGAAUGAGUGGUCCGCCUGGAGUUCCUGCUCUGCCUCUUGUUCCAAUGGCACCACGCAGAGAACCAGGGAGUGCAACGGGCCAUCGUAUGGCGGCUCAGAGUGCCAUGGAGGCUGGAAAGAGACAGCAAACUGCUUCCUGAAGGAUUGCCCCGUUAAUGGAACCUGGCAUCCAUGGAGCUCAUGGGGAAGCUGCAGCAAGACCUGUGGUGGAGGCAUCCAGCAGAGACAGAGAGUCUGUGAAGGGCCUUUCUUUGGAGGAGAGCCUUGCCCUGGUGACACCAGAGAACAGAUGCGCUGCAAUGAGAAGAGAUGCCCUGAGCCCCAUGAGAUCUGUCCUGAGCAGAACACCGGAAACAUUGUUUGGAAGAAAACCCCCGCUGGAGAUGUCGCUGCUGUUUCCUGCCCUGCUGAUGCCUCAGGCCUUAUUCUGCGUCGCUGCACCCUUGUUGAUGGACGUCUUGCUUCUUGGGAGAACCCCACUUACACCCAAUGUGUUUCUAAGAACUACGAGAACAUUCGGAUGCUGUCAAGGGACUACACCUCCAAAGCGCAGAUCGGGCAAAGCGUUGAUGGCGUUGCCGAGGUGAUUUCCCGCUUGAGAUUUUCCUCUGAUGAAAAAGCCAAGUACAGCGGUGAUCUUUUGGCCAUAAUGGAGAUCCUGAAGAACACCACAGAGUUGUACAGGGCAACCAGACUGAGGCUGAGCAACGCUGACGUUGAGAACUACGUCCAGACCAUCAGCAACCUACUGAAGGAGGAACAUCACGAGAACUGGGAAGAGGCACAACUGAUGGGUGCCAAUAUCAAGGGGUUCCUCCGCCUUGUCGAGGAGUUUGUGAACAUGAUCGGAGUACAAAUGAGCGGCUUUCAGGACAUUUACGAAGUCACUGAGAAUUUAGUGCUGAGCAUCCACAAGCGCCCAACAGCCACAACCUCCAACUUUACCUUCCCUGUGAAGGGCUGGAGAGGGAGGCCGGACUGGGUCAGUACCUCAGAGGAGAAGAUCUCAGUUUCCCGCGAUGCUCUGUCCCUCAAAUCCGCUGAUGCCAAUGAUGCUUUUGUGACCGGCAUUGUCUUGUACAGAAACCUUUCUUCAAUUAUGUCCUUCCAGAGUAACACCACCCUGUUCAACUCCAAGGUGGUGACCGUGAUUGUCAGCCCCGCCCCAUCUCUCCUGUCGACCCCUGUCGAGAUCGAGUUCCCCCACCUGCGCAACGACACCAUCAAUGAAACAUGCCUCUCAUGGGAUGAGAGUGAAACCUCCUCUCUUCUUGGCUCUUGGUCUGCUCGGAGCUGCAGAGCGGUGCCCGUUCAUUCACACAGAACCAAAUGCGUGUGUGACAGCCUCUCCACCUUCGCCAUUUUAGCGCACGUCAACUCCGACUCGAACAUGGACAGAGCAAACCUCCCGUCCGUUACCCUCAUCGUCGGCUGUGGGGUCUCUUCCCUCACCUUGCUGCUCCUCAUCAUCAUCUAUGUCUCGGUUUGGAAGUACAUUCGCUCAGAGCGCUCUGUUAUUCUCAUCAACUUCUGCCUCUCCAUUAUCUGCUCCAACGCCCUCAUUCUCAUCGGACAAACCCAGGCUCGCAACAAGGUGAUGUGCACUCUUGUUGCUGCCCUGCUCCACUUCUUUUUCCUCUCCUCUUUCUGCUGGGUCCUGACAGAAGCUUGGCAGUCCUACAUGGCUGUCACUGGUCGUCUGCGCAACCGCAUCAUCCGCAAGCGCUUCCUGUGCUUAGGCUGGGGACUUCCUGCUCUGGUCGUUGCUGUGUCCGUGGGUUUCACUAAAGCUAAGGGAUAUGGCACCGUCAGCUACUGCUGGUUGUCUCUUGAGGGUGGACUUCUCUACUCUUUUGUUGGUCCCGCUGCUGCUGUUGUUUUGGUGAAUAUGGUCAUUGGUAUUCUAGUCUUUAACAAGCUCGUUUCCAAGGACGGCAUCACCGAUGUGAAACUGAAGGAGAGAGCUGGGGCCUCACUGUGGAGCUCUUGCGUGGUUCUCCCUCUCCUUGCUCUCACCUGGAUGUCUGCCGUCCUGGCCAUCACCGACCGUCGCUCCGCCCUUUUCCAGAUCCUCUUUGCCGUUUUCGACUCUUUGGAGGGUUUCAUCAUUGUCAUGGUCCACUGCAUCCUGCGUAGAGAGGUUCAGGAGGCUGUGAAGUGCAGAGUAGUUGACCGCAAAGACGAUGGGAAUGGAGACUCUGGCAGUUCUCAUCACAACGGCCAUCCUCAGCACAUGCAGUCUGAUAAUGAAAAGGAUGGGGACUCAAACAGACAAGGAAUGAAGAGCUCUUCCGAAGAGAAAAUGCCUCCUCCUCAGAUGCCACUUCCCAUGGGCUCCAACUUCCACACAUUACCAUCCAAGGGCAGCCACAUGCAGGCCGUUCCCGAGUACUCCAGCCACACGCUCACCCUGAAGAGAGAGAAAAGCCGCUUGGCCGGUGGAGUCGACCCAUCCUGCGGGAACCCCGUCUAUGUCUGCGAGGGGGAGCUCUUCAAGCAGCUGGAUGCAGACCUUGCUCUGGCUCAGGCCGAGGGCAGCAUGUCCGACGGCAGCGGCUACGUCCUGAUGCCCAACACUACAUCCACCCUGAGGUCCAAGCCCAAAGACGACCCCACAAAGUACAACAUCAGCGUGGACCAGCUGCCGCAGGCCAGGCUUAUGCACCUCGGCGGACCCUUCGCUGAGCCCCAGGCCGCCUUCGGGAUGGGCUCGAUCCCGCCAGACCAGGUCAGCGUGUCCUACUCAGAGAGGGACUCGCCCAUCCAGAACAUCCACAACAUGUCCAGCGAGUCGCACAUCACCCACAGCAGCCUGGAGAACACCUUCGAGUCCAUGAACUCAAUGAUGUCGAAGAGCGAGACCAUUUCCACUCUCUCCAUGAGCUCCCUGGAGCGACAGAAAUCCCGUUAUGCAGAGUUGGACUUUGAGAAAAUCAUGCACACCAAGAAGCGCCACCAGAACAUGUUCCAGGACCUGAACAGGAAGUUGCAUCACAGUGAGAAAGACAGGGAAUCUCCUCCAUCUGACAGCAAGUCUGUGAGAUGGAGUGUGUCUUCGGGAGGAAGUGACAAAACAAACCACAGCGACAAACAGCAGGCUCCAAUGGAGAGGUCCUGGGAAGGAGUCCGGGGGAUUCCUCAGUCGCCCCCCGCAUGGGUGCGCAAAGACAUGGAGCCUCUCGCCGCCUCGCCUCUGGAGCUUCACUCUGUGGAGUGGGAGAAGACGAGCACCACCAUCCCACUGGUGGGGCAGGACAUUAUUGACCUGCAAACAGAGGUCUGAGGGGAAGUAGGGAGGCCAAGUGAAGCCACCUUGUUUCACCUCUGUCACCUUUUUUGGUUUGGGAAUGGCAUCCUUUCAUGGAUGAAAGUAGCACAACCAAAAAAGGGAGGAAAUGGGUCCCGGAAUCAUUGUCUUCAAACCCUUUGCCAGAGUGGUAAGGGUAGGAAGAGUGCUGGGUAAGAGUGGGGCUGAUGGCAAUGGGGAUGUUUAAUGUAGCUUCUCAGUGCGGACUCUCAUCAGAGCUCCUAAAGCUCAGAGAAGGGGUUGGCGGAGCGGUCAGUGGCGUCCACCGGCUGGACUGUCUGUGGCUCCAUAGACGCUUCCCCCAGGGAGUUUUCCUGGACCCCUGCAGCCUGGGGUUUUCAGAAGAUGUGCUCGACAUGUCUGUGCUUCUCUUUUUUUUCCUUCAAAUAGACUUUGGAGAAAAAAAUUAAGUAACAUUGAAAAUUUUAAAAGCGGCGCGUGUCCUCCCUGCUUCUCGGGAGGCACAGUCGGGACUCUCUUCCAAAACAAGACAAAGGCAAAAGAAAAAAAAGGGAUCUCAAAACUCCAAUACUGUGCACUUUUGAUAGAUGGGCGCACACUUUUUUUGUUUGUUUUUGUGCAGUGGGCUUUCUUUUCCUCAUAUUGAGUUUGUUAGCACCUGAAUCCAACAAUUUCAAGCAGAAAAUGAGACUCUGAUGAGACUGAAACAUUUCUGUCAAACUUGUUGUGCUAGUCACUGUGUUCGUCAUUACUAAUAUUGAUUAUUUCCAGUGCGAUGUCUAUGUUUUUGAUUUAUCUCUCCUUUUAUUUAUCACUAUUGUUUUCUGUUAUACAAAAAAACAGAAAAACAACUGGCUUUAGUGCAUCCAUAAUGUGUUGUGAGCCCAUAUGGACUGCAUUGGGAAAAACAUACUGAGUGGUGAUGGAGGCGCUGGUUGGUUGAGUUUCUACAGUAUUCCGCUUUGAUACCAAAACACCAGCACAGGAAUGAACACGGACUCUCACACGGAAAGAGCAGUGCUUCUCUUGGGAAUUGCUGGAUGAAUAACUGGCACAAAGACGCAGGCUCUCUUCCAUGUCGUACAUGCGGAUUUUAAAAAGCCUUUUCAUCAUCGCCCUUCUUUGUUUCUCAGCCUUGCAGGACUCUUGGACUGAGCAGAGACUUCAACACAUUUUGUGUUUUCAGCCAUCAGUGUGUAACAGUGCAAUAUGAUGGGCGCUUGAUGCUCAAGCAAUGACUGACAUUAUGAUCUAGGCAGAGUUUUUUCCUACCGAUAUUUCAAAAUUUUUAUACCAUCUUCCAUAUAUAUUUACAGAGCACAUAGAUGCUUUAUGAGAAUAUUAUAUUAGGAAUUUAUUCAGUAGAGAUUUGUUUGCACAAGACUCCAUAUUUGGAGUUCUCUGUGAAAGUUGAUCAUACUUCUAUAUUUUAAAAAAAAGUAAUAUAGAGUGAAUGAGCCUCUGAUUAUCUCCUAACUGUUCUUCAGGAUAUUUGUCAUUGCUCUCAGCUGUAAAGCAGUGAGUAAUAGAUCCUCAUGUCUUCUGUAACAGUGUGUUACUAUAACUCGACUGUAUGUUCUACCAGCCAAUUCCUAACGUCUUUUUCUCUUUUUAUUUUUUAUUUUUUUCAAUUUUCUUGUCCUGCCCAAAACCCAAUUUCAGUUACCUGUGUUGAAUAUUUUCUUGUCAAGAUUUCUGUUUUAAACUGUGUCAAUGUACAGUUUUCACAGCACAAAAAUGAAUGUGAAUUAUUUCUAAUAAAACACAUAUAUAUAUCAAAUA